AUGACGUCGUGGAUUCCUUGGACGUUACUGCUGGCAUUCUUACCCUCGAGUGCAACAGAACUACUCAAAGAUAAAGUGGAACGCCAACGUAUACGCGAGGAACUUACGCGACUGGUCACCGAUUACUCCAAGCUACUGCUGCUUUGGGCAUUCCGAGCCGCUCAAGUCUUUACUGGAAUUUCGUUUCUCGUUGUCAUUGCUUCAAUGCUCUAUGCUUUGCUCUAUUACCUCGUUAUCCCAUCAAGAUUCCAUGAACAAGAUAUUUUCUUUAACUACGGCUCGCGCCAUGGAGCUAUUACUCAGCCACCUUAUGGACACUUCAUGCCAAGGGCGUCAUUGGAUCUGCAGGAUCCUGUGCACCAAUGGCAAUCGAUGGUUUUAGCAUCAAAGCAAGUAACGUCGCCUGUGCUCGUUCCUGGAGUUAAAUAUGACAUUAUUGUCGAGUUAACGGUGCCGGAGUCGCGUGCAAAUGCAGAGAUUGGAGUCUUCAUGGUAUACACGUCGCUCUGGGAAGAUAAGAACAAGAGGGAACUAGCGUCUAGCGCUCGACCGACAACGAUACAUGACAUGCCUCUGCCUGUGCGCUGGAUCAGGCUUGGAUUCUGGCUCGUGCCGUACGCUUUGGGCUUCACGGAGCCAGUGCAGACACUGCGAGUGACAGCGGUCAAUGGAUACCUGGAAAACAUUGAAUACCCGCUGACACGCAUUGACAUUGAGCUGAACACUCCUCAGUUACAAGUCUAUUCAGCAAAGCUCACAGUGAUUGCACAGCUGACAGGUCUGCGCUAUUUGAUGUACCAUUGGGCAGUACCGACAGCUAUUCUGUUCAUUCUGAACAUUGUGUUUUUGGAAACGUUGGUACUGGUGAUCCUUUACGCGGUGUAUGUUCUCCCACGACUGGAAGAGGAAGCGGAUGCUGAUAUAGCAGUGCUGGAAGCUGCUGCUACCGAUGCGCGUGAAAAGGCAAAGACGAUAUUUGACACGGGGUCAUCACUGGAUGCUGCUGCUACUAACGUGCAUGAAAAAGCGCAAACGACGUUUGAUGCGGGGUCAUCACUGGAUGCUGAAACUGCUCCUUAUGUAAAGAGUGAGGUGCUGAUUGCUAAAGGGUCAUGUACGACAACGAGUAUGGAGGAGUCAUCGGCAGUUUUGGACCAGAUCAGUGAAUAUGCAAAGGAGGAGGUGAUGCAAGAUGAGGAUCUCUAA